AUGAGCGAGGAUAAUCUUUUCGAAGAGGAGUCCACGCAGAAACAACAGUAUGAGAUCACAGACUACUCGCAGAAGCACAAGUCUCUGCCAGCGCACUUCGUCGGUCUGAACACGGUGGAUAAGGCGGAGGACUCCCCGCUCGCCACGUUCGUCAAGAGUCACGGUGGACACACGGUCAUCUCCAAGAUCUUAAUUGCUAAUAACGGUAUCGCGGCGGUCAAAGAGAUCAGAUCGGUCAGGAAAUGGGCAUACGAGACGUUCGGUGACGAUAGGUUGGUCCAGUUCGUAGCGAUGGCCACUCCAGAGGACCUCGAGGCAAACGCAGAGUAUAUCCGCAUGGCAGACCAGUACGUCGAAGUGCCAGGCGGGACAAACAACAACAACUACGCCAACGUCGACCUUAUCGUCGAUAUCGCGGAGAGGACAGACGUCGACGCGGUCUGGGCCGGGUGGGGGCAUGCCUCUGAGAACCCGCACCUGCCAGAGAAACUGGCUGCCUCGAAGAGGAAAGUAAUAUUCAUUGGCCCACCGGGGAGCGCGAUGAGGUCGCUCGGGGACAAAAUCUCGUCCACGAUCGUCGCGCAGCACGCGAAAGUACCUUGUAUUCCCUGGUCCGGUACGGGUGUGGACAAAGUGCACGUGGAUACGGAGACUAAACUCGUCUCCGUCGACGACGACGUCUACCAGCAGGGCUGCUGCGUCUCGCCAGAAGAUGGGCUGGCAAAGGCCAAAAAAAUCGGGUUCCCAGUAAUGAUCAAGGCAUCGGAAGGUGGUGGUGGGAAAGGUAUCAGACAGGUGGAACGCGAGGAGGAUUUCGUGCCCCUGUACCACCAGGCGGCCAACGAGAUCCCGGGUUCCCCCAUCUUCGUUAUGAAAUUGGCAGGUAAGGCGCGUCAUUUGGAGGUCCAAUUGUUGGCAGACCAGUACGGUACCAACAUCUCGCUUUUCGGUCGUGACUGUUCCGUACAGAGACGUCACCAGAAGAUCAUCGAGGAGGCACCAGUCACGAUUGCCAGCCAAGAGACUUUCUCUCAAAUGGAGAAGGCAGCGGUUAGACUCGGUAAACUGGUCGGGUACGUCUCCGCGGGGACCGUCGAGUACUUGUACUCGCACGAUGACAACAAGUUCUAUUUCUUGGAACUGAAUCCAAGAUUACAAGUGGAGCAUCCAACUACGGAAAUGGUAACAGGUGUAAACCUACCGAGUGCCCAAUUGCAAAUCGCAAUGGGUAUCCCCAUGCACAGAAUCAGCGACAUCAGAGUCUUCUACGGGAUGAACCCGCACACCGCCUCCGACAUCGACUUCGAGUUCAAGAACGAGGAGUCCCUGUCCUCGCAAAGGAAACCUAUCCCCAAGGGACACUGCACCGCGUGUCGUAUCACCUCAGAAGAUCCAAACGAGGGGUUCAAACCGUCAGGUGGGUCCCUACACGAACUGAACUUCCGUUCAUCUUCAAACGUUUGGGGUUACUUCUCAGUGGGUAACAACGGUGGUAUUCACUCUUUCUCGGACUCCCAGUUUGGUCACAUCUUUGCAUUUGGUGAGAAUAGACAAGCCUCCAGGAAACAUAUGGUUGUGGCUUUGAAGGAAUUGUCCAUUAGAGGUGACUUCAGAACCACCGUGGAAUACUUGAUCAAAUUGUUAGAGACAGAGGACUUCGAGGAUAACACGAUCACAACGGGCUGGUUAGACGAUCUAAUCACUCACAAGAUGACCGCGGAACAACCAGACCCAACUUUGGCCGUUAUCUGUGGUGCUGCUACAAAGGCGUUCAUCGCCUCCAGCAACGCCCGCAAGGAGUACAUUACCUCUUUGCAAAGGGGUCAGGUCCCAUCCAAGAUGCUACUGCAGACCAUGUUCCCCGUCGAGUUUAUCCACGAGGGGAAAAGAUUUAAGUUCACCGUAGCCAAGUCAGCGGAUGAUAGAUACACACUUUUCAUCAACGGUUCGAAAUGUGAGGUUCGUGCUCGCCAACUGUCCGAUGGUGGACUGUUGAUAGCCGUAGGUGGGAAGUCGCACACAAUCUACUGGAAGGAGGAGGCGCAGGCCACGAGGCUGUCCAUCGACCACAUGACUACGCUCUUGGAGGUCGAGAACGACCCUACGCAGCUACGUACUCCAUCACCAGGUAAGUUGGUUAAGUUUCUAGUUGAGAACGGCGACCACAUCGCCUCUGGCCAACCAUAUGCGGAGAUUGAGGUGAUGAAGAUGCAAAUGCCCCUGGUGUCGCAAGAAAGCGGUAUCGUGCAGCUGUUGAAACAACCAGGCUCUACAAUUGUCGCUGGUGACAUUAUUGCCAUCUUAACCUUGGACGAUCCAUCGAAGGUCAAGCACGCCUUGCCAUUCGAGGGUAUGCUCCCCGAAUUGGGUGCACCAAUGGUGGAAGGUACCAAGCCAGCGUACAAGUUCAAGUCGCUAGUCACCACAUUGGAGAAUAUUUUGAACGGUUAUGACAACCAAGUUAUAAUGAAUGCUUCUUUGCAACAACUGAUCGAGGUGCUGCGUGAUCCAAAGUUGCCAUACUCGGAAUGGAGAAUGCAAAUCUCCGCGCUACACUCAAGAUUACCCCCUGAUUUGGAUGAGCAAUUGGAGCAACUUGUGAACCGUUCCGCUAAGCGUGGUGCCGUCUUCCCAGCCAGACAAUUGGCAAAGAUUUUGGAAACUUCCACUAAGGAGAAGGAUUCCGAUCCAAUGUUGGCUGGCGUUGUUGAACCGCUAAUUGAUAUCACCUUAAGAUACACCAACGGUUUGGAAGCUCAUGAACACUCAGUGUUUGUCAACUUUUUGGAGGAGUAUAAUGCUGUGGAAAAACUAUUCAAUGAACAUAACAUCCGUGAAGAAAAUGUGAUCUUAAAGUUGCGUGACGAAUACAUUGACAACUUGAAUAAAGUGGUGUUGAUCGUCUUAUCCCAUUCGAAGGUCUCUGCUAAAAACAACCUGAUUUUGGCUAUUCUGAAACACUACCAACCGUUAUGCAAGCUUUCAUCCAAAGUCGCCAAUAUCUUCUCUGUUCCAUUGCAGCACAUCGUUGAGUUGGAAUCCAAGGCGGCGGCUAAGGUUGCCCUGCAGGCGAGAGAAAUCUUGAUUCAAGGUGCCCUACCAUCUGUUAAGGAGAGAUCAGAACAGGUGGAGCAUAUCUUGAAGUCAUCUGUCGUCAAGACCUCUUACGGUGACAGCAAGCCAAAACGUUCUGAACCAGAUAUGGAAAUUUUGAAGGAUUUGAUUGACUCAAACUACGUUGUUUUUGAUGUCCUGAUCCAGUUCUUAACACACCCUGACCCAGUUGUCGCGGCUGCGGCUGCUCAAGUUUAUGUUCGUCGUGCUUACAGAGCGUACACUGUUGGUGAAGUGAAAUGUCACGAUUCUUACGAUGGUACAGGCGUUUCUAACCCUCUAAUUGAAUGGAAAUUCCAAUUGCCAUCCGCCGCGUUCUCUUCUAUCCCACAAAUCAAGACAAAAUUGGGGAUGAACAGAGCAAUGUCUGUUUCUGAUUUAUCCUUUGUUGUUGACACAGAGCACACUCCUUUAAGAACCGGUAUUCUACUGGCUGCGGAACAUUUGGAUGAUGUCGACACCAACUUGGCUCAAAGUCUGGAGGCCAUCCCUGAAUAUGUGACCUCCAACGGUCCUCUACCAGACAGAUCGGGGAACUCUUCCACUUUGAGUAACGUUGCAAAUGUUUAUGUUGCCUCUACCGAAGGCUUUGAGUCAGAAAAGGAUAUCUUGAAGAGGUUGAGAGAGAUUCUGGACUUGAAUAAGCAAGAAAUGAUUAAAUCCAGUAUCCGUCGUAUCACAUUCAUGUUCGGGUUCGAGGACGGGUCGUAUCCACAAUACUACACGUACAACGGUCCAUCUUACAACGAGAAUGAAAGUAUUCGUCACAUUGAACCAGCUUGUGCAUUUGAGCUAGAACUGGGAAGAAUGUCCAAUUUCCAUAUCAAACCUAUUUUCACCGAGAAUAGGAACAUUCACGUGUACGAGGCAGUAAGUAGGACUUCUCCACUAGACAAGAGGUUUUUCACCAGAGGUAUAAUCAGAACUGGUCGUAUCCGGGACGAUAUUUCUAUCCCAGAGUACUUAACAUCUGAAGCGAACAGACUAAUGAGUGAUGUUCUAGACAACCUUGAGAUUAUCGACACGUCGAACUCUGACUUGAAUCAUAUUUUCAUCAACUUUUCAGCCGUAUUCAAGAUCUCCCCAGAAGAUGUGGAAGCUGCCUUCGGUGGGUUCUUGGAGAGAUUCGGUAAGAGACUGUUGAGGUUGCGGAUCUCCGCAGCUGAGAUCAGGAUCAUUAUCCAAGACCCACAGACUGGCGCUGCUGUACCACUUCGUGCCCUGAUCAACAAUGUUUCUGGUUACGUCGUGAAAUCUGAAUUGUACACCGAGGUCAAGAACGCUAACGGUGAAUGGGUAUUCAAAUCCCUAGGCAAACCUGGAUCCAUGCAUUUGAGACCUAUUGCCACACCAUACCCAGUCAAGGAAUGGUUGCAACCAAAGCGUUACAAGGCACACUUGAUGGGGACAACUUACGUUUACGACUUCCCAGAACUGUUCCAUCAAGCUUUGGUUACAUGCUGGGACAACAGUAUUGCUGGUAAGGCUUCAAAACUUAAAGCCCAGAACAGAGACGACAUAUUUGUUGCAAACGAGUUGAUCGAGGAUGAGAACGGUGAGUUGACCGAAGUGGAAAGAGAGGCUGGUGCCAACUCCAUUGGUAUGGUUGCUUUCAAGGUGACCAUGAAGACUCCAGAGUACCCUCGUGGCCGUCAAUUUGUGAUUGUGGCCAACGAUAUUACCUUCAAGAUUGGUUCGUUUGGUCCCUCAGAGGACAACUUUUUCAACAAAGUUACUGAGUACUGUACGAAGCGUGGUAUUCCAAGAAUCUACUUGGCUGCGAAUUCUGGUGCUAGAAUCGGUAUUGCCGAGGAACUGGUUCCUCUGUUCCAAGUUGCUUGGAAUGAUGAGUCAAAUCCAGCUAAGGGGUUCCAAUACUUAUAUUUGACUGCUGAUGGAUUGGACGCUUUGAAGAAGUACGGCAAGGAGAGAUCUGUGAUUACGGAGCGUAUCGUCGAAGGUGGUGAGGAGAGAUACGUUAUCAAGACGAUUAUUGGUGCUGAUGACGGUCUAGGUGUCGAAUCCCUGAGAGGUUCCGGUUUGAUUGCUGGUGCGACGUCGAGGGCCUACCAAGAUAUCUUUACGAUUACUUUGGUUACCUGCCGUUCUGUUGGUAUUGGUGCGUACCUGGUUAGACUGGGCCAAAGAGCGAUUCAAAUUGAGGGCCAACCGAUUAUUUUAACAGGUGCUCCUGCCAUCAACAAAGUGCUUGGUCGUGAAGUUUACACAUCCAAUUUGCAACUUGGUGGUACCCAAAUCAUGUACAACAACGGUGUUUCCCAUUUGACUGCUUCAGAUGACUUAGCUGGUGUUGAACAAAUUGUGAAAUGGUUAUCUUACGUUCCGGCUAAGCGUAACAUGCCUGUUCCAAUCUUGGAAAACGAGGAUACAUGGGAUAGACAGAUUGAUUUCGUUCCAACCAAGAGCGAGUUAUACGAUGUCAGAUGGAUGUUGGAAGGUCGUGAAACUGCCGAUGGGUUUGAGUACGGUCUGUUUGACAAGGGCUCGUUUUUCGAGACUUUGUCUGGAUGGGCUAAAGGUGUUGUUGUUGGUAGAGCACGUCUCGGUGGUAUCCCACUUGGUGUAAUUGCUGUGGAGACGCGGACCGUGGAGAACUUGAUCCCUGCUGAUCCUGCGAACCCAGACUCGAGAGAAAGUUUGAUACAGGAGGCUGGCCAAGUAUGGUAUCCAAACUCUGCCUUCAAGACUGCUCAAGCGAUCAAGGAUUUUAACCACGGUGAGCAGUUACCAAUGGUGAUCCUAGCCAAUUGGAGAGGGUUUUCCGGUGGCCAACGUGACAUGUACAACGAAGUGUUGAAGUAUGGCUCCUUUAUUGUGGAUGCUCUUGUCGAGUACAAGCAACCUAUCAUUAUCUACAUCCCGCCCACUGGGGAACUGAGAGGUGGUUCGUGGGUUGUUGUUGAUCCAACGAUCAACCCUGAUCACAUGGAGAUGUUUGCCGAUGUGGAGUCCCGUGCUGGUGUGUUAGAACCUGAGGGGAUGGUUGGUAUCAAGUACCGUAGGGAGAAACUUUUGGGCACGAUGGCCCGUUUGGACCCUGUUUGCAAAGAGUUACGUGCGCAGUUGGCGGACAAGAGUCUGUCCAGUGCGGAACACCAAGAGAUCUCUAAGAAGUUGGGUGCCCGUGAGAAGCAACUGUUCCCCAUUUACAACCAGAUCAGCAUACAGUUUGCCGAUUUGCACGACCGUUCCUCGCGUAUGUUGCGUAAGGGUGUGAUCAGCAAGGAGUUACAAUGGGUCGAGUCUCGUCGGUUUAUUUUCUGGAGAUUGAGAAGACGUUUGAACGAGGAGUACUUGAUCCGGAGACUGGAUGCUGCGUUACCCGAAUCGUCCAGACUGGAGAAGUUUGCAAGGUUGCGGUCCUGGUACCCUUCGAGCGUGAACGUUGACGACGACACUGUGAUUGCGAAAUGGAUCGAGGAGAACUACGAGACGUUGGACCACAAGUUCAAGAGUUUGAAGUUGGAGUCCUUUGCGCAAUCGUUGGCGAAAUCGAUCCGUAACGAUCACGACAACGCCAUCACGGGGCUAUCCGAGGUGUUGAAGAUGCUGUCCAAGGAUGACAAGGAGAAGAUCUUGUCCAAAUUGAAGUGA